AGAGAAUUCCGGAGAGUUCCCCACAUGUGAAGAAAACAUGGGGACACUAUUUAGAAUUUUUCUCUCUAGCUAGUAUUUAUUCUACGGUCAGCACCAAGAAUGAAGAAUCUUUAGCGUUUACUGUGAUUGACUUAACAUAUUUUCUUAACCUGAAUUCAACAUUUAUUGCGCUAGCAAACGUUUGAGCGCCCAAGUUAGGCAGCUAAUUUAGCCACCUUGGUAACAUCUAGCUAGCUAGGUAAGUUAGCUAUGAUGGAUAACUCGGACGAAAAUUCGGUACAGUUCCACGGGGAUGAAGAGAUCAUAGAAGUCAUCGACCUAAACGAAACAGAGCAAAGCCCAGGUAAUGAUGGUUGUAUGUUUAGCUAGCUAGUUGGUCAGAAUCAGAUGCUUCAAGGGGUGUGGUUUAGCUAAUGCCCAUAUAACUGUAUGAGGACUUGCCACAUGGACUGUCAUUGAUUGAGCAACAUAAGUUGUCACUUGGACGCUGGUGGCAAUGUCUUGGUUUGAUCUUCUAUGAGUUAAUGUCGCGGUACUGUGUAAAACUAAGAUAGGUACAUGUGUGGCAAGUACAGUAAUACCUCACUUUUUGACCGACAUAGAUGAUUUGGCGGAUGAGUUCGAGGACGUGGACGUCGGAGACGCUGGGGACGGAGACGAUGAACAGGAAGACUGGGAUACCGACGACGAGAUGGAGCAGGAAAAAGAACAAGACGACAGCGAACUCACCUUUUCCAAACACACUGGUACUAGCUAGCUAACUCUAUCACCUGGAUAGUGCUUUUCUUCAGUCUCUUCACAACGUAUUAUCAGUGGCAGUGGGUCUCUUUUUUUCUGUUGUCACAUUGACUUGUGUUUUCCAGGAUCUGUAUUCUGUGUGAGUCUGGACCCAGCCACUAACAGCUUGGCUGUGACCGGAGGAGAGGACGACAAGGCCUAUGUCUGGAGAGUGAGUGACGGGGAAGUGCUGUUUGAAUGCACAGGUGAGACCCCAAGCUGUCAUCAAUUAGUUAUGUUGUGGUUUUGCUUUAGCUAUGACCUCCCAAUAGGACAUUUGAGCUCAAAUAGAUGAGCUCAGAAUAAACAAAGCUUUGCGUUUCACCCAAUAUUAAACCCCAGUCCUUCUUUUUCCACUACCGUAGGCCAUAAGGACUCUGUGACGAGUGUUCUAUUCAGUCAUGACUCUUCCCUGGUGGCCACGGGGGACAUGAGCGGGCUGAUCAAGGUCUGGAAGGUGGAGACCAAGCAGGAGGUGUGGUCCUUCGAGGUGGGAGACCUGGAGGUGAGGAAGAACGCAGCCCGGCCCAAAACAGGGUGCACAUAUAUGUUGUAGCCCAGCAGGAACACGCUGCCACACCUGAGUCAGCCUGAUUUAAGCUAGGUAUUUAAAUCAAGUUUUGUCAUCUGAUGUUGCUGUGUGUGUUUGUUAGUGGCUGGAGUGGCACCCCUGCGCCCCAGUGCUGCUGGCGGGCAUGGCGGACGGUAACGUUUGGAUGUGGAAGAUCCCAGGGGGUGACUGUAAGACCCUGCAGGGCCCCGGCUGCCAGGCAACCAGUGGAAAGGUCCUCCCAGACGGUGAGACCGUCUCCCCAGUCAAGAAUAAAGGACAAUUCAGCACAGGACACUGCCAUGAUCUGUGCUGCCAAGGUUGAACAUGUAACAACGUUUGUCUUUUCUCCACAGGGAAGAGAGCUGUGGUGGGCUAUGGAGAUGGGAACGUACGACUUUGGGACCUGAAGCAGGGAAACGCCACCCAUGUGAUUAAAGGUAAGUUUGGCCAAGCUGUCACACUCCUGAACAGAGUAUGUGACAAUCCCCACUACUGCCAGACGGCAGGAUAUGUGUCAUGGCCAGGGGGGUUAAGUGUGCAUGACCUCAUGAAAAUCAGUGUGGGAUGUUUUUAUCAGUGUACAUAGCUUACUUUAUAUCUAGAUCAGAUGACCAAACCCCAAAUCCUAAUCUUGAUUUUUCUGAGGAUAAAAUAAUAAUAACUGGCACUGGACCAGCGGUUAGGGACAACGUGGUCCUCUGUAGCUCAGCUGGUAGAGCACGGCGCUUGUAACGCCAAGGUAGUGGGUUCGAUCCCCGGGACCACCCAUACACAAAAAAAAAAAUGUAUGCACGCAUGACUGUAAGUCGCUUUGGAUAAAAGCGUCUGCUAAAUGGCAUAUUAUUAUUAUUUAUUAUAACGUCUACCCCCACUCAACUGUCUCCUCGCUUCUCUGGCAACCUCAGGUCAUGAUGGGCACCAGGGGGCGCUGACGUGCCUGGCCUGUAACAAGGACGGCUCUCUGGUGCUGACGGGCUCCGUGGACGGCUGUGCCAAGCUCAUCAACACUGCCACUGGCAAGGUGGGCAGCGGGCACUACUGCAUGAUGGAGAACACAUAACUACUGUAUUAUAGAGAACACAUAACUACUGUAUUAUAGAGAGCACAUAACUACUGUAUUAUAGAGAGCACAUAACUACUGUAUUAUAGAGAGCACAUAACUACUGUAUUAUAGAGAGCACAUAACUACUGUAUUAUAGAGAGCACAUAACUACUGUAUUAUAGAGAGCACAUAACUACUGUAUUAUAGAGAGCACAUAACUACUGUAUUAUAGAGAGCACAUAACUACUGUAUUAUAGAGAGCACAUAACUACUGUAUUAUAGAGAGCACAUAACUACUGUAUUAUAGAGAGCACAUAACUACUGUAUUAUAGAGAGCACAUAACUACUGUAUUAUAGAGAGCACAUAACUACUGUAUUAUAGAGAGCACAUAACUACUGUAUUAUAGAGAGCACUUAACUACUGUAUUAUAGAGAACACAUAACUACUGUAUUAUAGAGAGCACAUAACUACUGUAUUAUAGAGAGCACAUAACUACUGUAUUAUAGAGAACAUAACUACUGUAGGCUAGAGAACUACUGUAGCUAUGGUAGAAAACCCAUACAGAGGAUAGUGGGAAUGAAAACAGUACUUCUGGGUUUACAUGGUGGGAGAGAUGAAGUGAUGGCAUGGGGAGAUUGACAUGCAUUAUUCACAAGAAACAGUUAUGUUUGUCAUGUGUUCAAUGGACCAACAUGUUAUGGGUUUUAGAGAUGUGCUUUCCUGCUACUUUGGUAUCCGUUCUUAUAUGCUCUAUAACUGGAACAUAUCUAAUGGGGUGUGUAGGUGUUGGGUGUGUUCUCCGUGGACGGGGGCAAAGCCAAAGCCUCUCUGGAGGAUGCUGAGGAGACCAACUCGGUGGAGUCAGUGGGGUUCUGCAAUGUGUAAGACUUCAUGUUUUUAACAUCAGUCAUCAUGUUUUUAACAUAAGACCAGAAUCAUAAGUUAACCAUAAAUUAACUACAUGUAAUAAAGUGCGUAACAGUUGCCUUGUUUUGAAUGAUGCCAUGUUCUCUUGUCCAGGUUGCCCCUGAUAGCGGUGGCGUAUCUGGAUGGGACCCUGGCUAUCUAUGACCUCUCCUCACAGGUCCUCCGACACAAGUGCCAGCACCAGGUAAGAAACCAGCCAUCCAACAAGCUCUCAAAUCACAACCAAACCCCCAAUUAUCGAUUGUAGAGAUAUGUUGCUCUGCUACUUUCAUAUGCCUUUAUAAAUGCUCUAUAACUGACUUUGUGUGUGUCUCAGGCUGGCAUUGUUCAUCUGCAGUGGGAGGAGUCCUCCUCUGUGGUGUCCACCUGCAGUCUGGACGGUGCGGUGAGGCUGUGGGACGCCCGCUCCGGGACCAUGGUGUCAGAGUACCGCGGCCACCAGGCGGAGAUCCUCGACUUCACACUCAACAGGUACACACACACACCUAAGUUGCCGCUAAUCACAGAUCCUAACCUUUUCAAUUAGGCUUAUGAACAAAAUGUCUGACCCUGUAUCAGUGGUUAUGGGGAACUUGUAUUUUACUUACUUGAGCCAGAAAGGUGUGUGUUUAACGGCGUUGAGCUCCUGUUCUCCUCUCUGACUCUCUCUCCUCCCUCACAGAGAAGCAUCUAUGGCGGUCACUGCCUCUGGAGACCACCAGGCCAAAGUCUUCUGCCUCCAACGACCAGACCGUUAAUGGGGGGAGUAGAGGGAGAAAGAGAGAGAGAAAUGGGGAUGGACUCACCCUUCUACUUUUCCCUGUCAACAAUAGCCACAAACAGAUGAACGGACUUCGGCCGGGAUUCAAUCCGAAUGCACCUUUUAAAGGCAAUGUUCCCGUGUUUGUGGAGACCGCAUUAACGGUGAACACUGCAUAUGUCGGCUCAAUCGG